AUGGAGACGAGUAUUAUUAUGAUUCUAGGAAUAUUUUGUACUUAUUUGUGUUUUUUUACCAUUACAAUUGCUAAUCCUGAAGCUAAACGUUUAUAUGAAGAAUUGAUUAAAGUACGUUCAUAUAAUAAAUUAAUUCGACCAAUUAAAAAUAAUAGUGAAAAAUUGACCGUUUAUUUGGGCCUUCGUCUAACACAACUACUUGAUGUCGACGAAAAAAAUCAAAUAAUGACAUCAAAUGUUUGGUUAAAACAGGAAUGGUAUGACGAUAAACUUCGAUGGGAACCAAGUAAAUAUGGAGGCGUCGACGUACUCUACGUUCCAAGUCAGCAAAUAUGGCUGCCUGACAUUGUUUUAUAUAACAACGCAGAUGGGAAUUAUGAAGUAACAUUAAUGACAAAAGCAACAGUUCAUUAUGAUGGCCGUGUUAUUUGGGAACCACCAGCCAUAUACAAAUCAAGUUGUACAAUCAAUGUUGAAUUCUUUCCAUUUGAUAUUCAACAUUGUCAAAUGAAAUUUGGCUCAUGGACUUACAAUGGUGAACAAGUCGAUCUUGUUCAUAUAAAUCAAACUAAUGGUUCAGCACCUGUCUAUGGAAAUAAUAGCGUACCCUAUGCUAUUGAUCUAACGGAUUUCUAUCGCUCAGUAGAAUGGGAUAUUAUGGAAGUUCCUGCUCAAAGAAAUGUACGAAAAUAUACAUGCUGUCCACAAACAUAUACCGAUAUAACAUUUUUAAUUACGAUUCGUCGUAAAACAUUAUUUUAUACCGUUAAUCUAAUAAUUCCAUGCGUUGGAAUAUCAUUUCUAACUGUUUUAACAUUCUAUUUACCAUCAGAUUCUGGUGAAAAAGUGGCACUUUGCAUAUCAAUUCUACUUUCACUUACUGUAUUCUUUUUACUGUUAGCUGAACUUAUUCCACCAACAUCACUAGUUGUACCAUUGAUUGGAAAGUAUCUUUUAUUUACAAUGAUAUUAGUAACGUUAUCCAUCGUUGUUACUGUUACUGUACUUAAUAUACAUUUUCGUUCGCCAUUAACACAUCAAAUGCCACCAUGGGUACGACGAGUUUUUCUGCAGGUUCUACCGCGACUAUUAUGGAUGCGUAGGCCUAAAACUGUCGAUCCAUUACAAUAUCAACAACCCAUAUAUCAUGCGAACAAACAUACAACAUCAAAAUUUGUUGUACCAUUACUGCAUGCGAAACCGUAUAAAAAAGGUCAAAUUAAUAAACGUCUACUUCGUGAUAGUAGUUUUGAUCGAGAUGUUAUUGAAAAUAUCGACGAUGAUGAUGAUGAAGAUGAAAUAAGACAAAUGGAACAUCAACCGCAAUCAUCACUUUAUCCUAAUGAAAUCAAAAAGGCAUUUGAUGGACUAAGAUGUAUUGCAGCACAUAUGAGACAAGAAGAUGGAGAGAAAAAAAUCAAAGAAGAAUGGAAAUAUGUAGCAUUGGUGAUCGAUCGUCUUUUUCUUUAUAUAUUUACGACAGCUUGUAUUGCUGGCACUUGUGGAAUUAUUCUACAAGCACCAUCAAUUUACGACAAUCGAAAGCCCAUCGAUAUUAUCAAAUCUAAUCGAUUUUAA